AAGUAAAAGACCACUUUGAACCCUCCCACAUGUUGAAAUGAAGAAACGUUCGUCUCAAAUCUGCUCAGUGAAACAGUUGCUUGUUAACUUUACAUGUGAACGGCUUCCAAGAUGAUCCCAGCAGUUACUCUCAGCACCGGAGCUAAGAUUCCCAUUGUGGGUCUGGGAACCUGGAGGGCAGAACCGGGAAAAGUCUGCGAGUCUGUGAAAGUAGCUAUAAGUAACGGCUACAGACACAUAGACGGCGCCUUCAUUUACGAGAAUGAAGAAGAGGUCGGGGCAGGAAUUCAUGCAAUGAUCGACCAAGGAGUGGUGAAGAGGGAAGAUCUGUUCAUCGUCAGCAAGCUGUGGUGUACCUUCCAUGUUCCAUCUCUGGUGAGAGGAGCAUGUGAAAAGACUCUCAGCGACCUGAAACUUGACUACCUGGACCUGUACCUCAUUCAUUUCCCAGCAGGCAUGAAGCCUGGGGACAAGCUUUUCCCAUUGGAUGAUGAGAAGCAAAUAAUCCCUGAUGAUUCCAAUUUCGUGGACACUUGGGAGGCCAUGGAGAAGCUGGUGGAUGACGGGCUGGUGAAAGCCAUCGGUGUAUCAAACUUCAACAAAGACCAGAUUGAAGCCAUCCUCAAUAAACCCGGCCUCAAGCACAAACCAGUAACCAACCAGAUUGAAUGCCAUCCAUUUCUGAACCAAGAGAAGAUGAUCGACUACUGCAGGUCAAAGGGCAUCUUCGUGACCGCCUAUGCUCCUCUGGGCUCCCCUGAAAGACCCUGGGCUUCCUCUGUUGACCCCACCCUGAUGGAGGAACCUACCAUCAAGGCCAUAGCUGAGAAGUACAAGAAGACCGCAGCACAAGUUCUCAUGAGGUUCCACAUCCAGAGAAACGUGGUGGUCAUCGCCAAGUCCGUAACACCUAGUAGAAUCAAGGAAAAUAUCCAGUUGUUUGACUUUGAGUUAAGUGAGGAGGACAUGAAGAAAAUCCUGAGUUUGAACAAAAACUGGAGAGGAUUCCCUGCAGAGUGGGCCACAAAGCAUAAAGACUAUCCCUACCAUACAGAAUACUAACUAAUCAUAAUCCACAUUUGGAUGUUUUUUGAGCAGCAGACAAUAAUCACGAUUGUCUUGUAAUGAUGUAUUUGCUGUUUUUAAGCAAAAUGUAAAAAUUUAAUAAAUUAAAUGCAAAGAAAAA